AGCUCAACUGCUUUGUGUCUGCUGUACGCAAAGUGUGAGCCAUCCAUGGCGACGAUGAUUAUGAAGGGCUUGGUUGUAUCUGCAGGUGUAACAGGGGCGGCGGGAUUCGUGCCUCCAUCAGCUGGCAGAUGUACAGCCUGGAGAGGUCGUCAGGUCACAAUGAACUUGUUCAACGAUGCGGCGAGAUGCGUUCCUGCCGUGCUCCUCGGAGUGGCCUUGACAACAUCAGCCCCACUAUUGGACAGCCCCGCCACACACACCACACACACCGCCAUUUUGGGAGCGUCUCCCGUGUUCGCUGACGACAAGGGGAUGUCUAGCGUCAGCGAUUCCAAGCUCUCGGUGGGAGCGGCUUCGACCGGAGACAAGGGCGCGCGGAAAACCGUUACGCGGGGCGUGAACAUCGAGAACGCCGACUACCACGACAAGGACCUGUCGAGCGUUUCGUUCCAGCAGAGCCUGGUGCGCGGGACGAACUUCAAGAACGCAAAGCUCGUGGCGGCAGGGUUCUUCGACGCUGACCUUUCCAACUGCAACUUCGAGUCAGCGAACAUGAACCAAGCCAACCUUGAGCUCGCAAACUUAAGCGGCGCGAAUAUGAAGAAUGCUUUGGUCACGGAGGCGUACGUCUCGGGCGCUACUAAAAUGGAGCCGGCGAUAAUCGAAGGGGCGGACUUCACAGAUACGUUUCUACGGAAAGACCAGGUCAGGUAUCUCUGCGGCCUGGAUACCGCCAAGGGCACCAACCCUGUUUCGGGGGUAGACACCAGGGAAAGCUUGGGUUGCCCCUGACGUUACUGGCGGAUAGGCCCAUGUCUGGUGUUCGCUGGCACUGGCGUUGAACGUUACCACAACUGCUUUGAUACCAACUUCUUGUUGUUUCAGCGAUAGAAGGGUUGGUUGGGUGGUGGGCAGAGCUAAGGUGUUGAGUUUGUGGCAUCAGCGUUGUUUAUUGAAGGGCCGCACCCUGUCUCUUAACCUGUUGUAGCCGGAGGAUCAUGGUAAUGGUUGAGGCAAUGCCCGUCGUAGAUGUUCCUGCGACUGUCACUGCCCCACGAUGGGCGUGACCACCCUAGACGCAUAUCAUAGAUAGAUGGACACGAGAUGUUUUGUCAGGAGAGAGUGACAUGGCAGUAAUAGAGAUGCAUACGUGAACACUGGGACUUUUGGCUCUUUGUUCCGAUGCGUGCAUAAAACCACACGGUCAAAGUUGCUUCGUGCCCUGAUAAACUUCGAGAGAGGCACAAGAUGAGGUAAAGGAAAAUGUGUAGAUACGACUAUGCUGGCAGACGACGAGAGGGCCGUACGUCGCAUAAGAUACCACUCACAACUUUGGACUGAUGUUCAAAGCUCGAUCACUUUGCAGCAAAAAGGUGAAGUUGUCGAACAU